CCCCCCCCCCCCCCUGCGCCUUUGCUGCUUGUUCUCCCUUCGCUCUCUGCCACCUGGCCUUCUUUCUCCGCUCCCCCUCUCUCCUGCCAGCGGACUUCUCGCUCUCGUCUCCCUCCCGCGCCCUCUUGCUUCCUUCCCAUCUCUUUCCGUCUGGUCUUCGCGUAGUUUAUCACCCCCCCACCCCUCGCAAACACGAUCAUGGCUACCACUUUCUCCCCACCCGUUGGCCAGCAUGAGGACCACCCGAUGCCACCGCUGGCCGUGACCGACGGUGGGACCAGCCUGUCGUGCGCUGGGCGCGACUGGAGCACCCUCCCGGAAGAUCUGGAGGCGCAGGUCGGUGUCCCCUUGGCGUCGAUUCGCAACCUGGACCUUAGCUUCAACAAUCUGUCCUCGCUCGACGAGGUCUUCGCCCUGUUCCCCAACCUCGAGACGUUGAUCGCCGACAACAACCAAAUUGAGAUUCUCACGGAUGCGGCCCAGGUGGUGGUUCCCGAGAAGGCCUCCACCACGCCGGAGGCGGACACCGCGUCGAUUAGCUCGAUCGAGUCGUCGGACGCCCAGGCUCCGGUGGCAGAUAGUCCCCCUGCUGAGACCGCUGGGCGUCUGGCUCCCCUGGCGUCGCUCAAGGUCCUGUCCUUGAACAACAACAACCUGGCCGGGCUGGAGGCACUGCUGGAUGCUCUGGCUUUCCUGACCCCCAAUCUGAACAUGCUGAGCCUGGCCCGGAACCCGGUCUGUCCGGAUGGCCUCUUCCGCGAGGGUGCCGGCAGCAGCAAUGAGCGCACCUACCGCCAUUACCGUCUGCGCGUUAUUUUCCGCCUGCCAGGCCUGGCUUUCCUGGAUGCAUCGCGCAUUGCGCCAUCCGAGCGUGAGGUUGCCCAGACAACCGGGCAGUACCUGCGCGUGGCCACGGUCGGGUCGUCCAGCACGGCCCCGAAUACCGCGGCCUCCAGCUCUGGGUCUUUCACCACGAGCUCCAUUUCCAGCUACCCGACGUCCUCUGCGCGUACGACCAGCUCGGGUGGCUCGGCCCCGGGGCGCGAGUAUGCCCCGCUGCCUGAGACCACCGCUCCUACGGGCACCGGCAAGGCGCGCUACGGCGUGUCGCGUUAUGUGUACAAGGGCAACCACAGCGAGGGCAACCGCUUCAUCUGCAACCAGGAUCUUUGAGGACACAUGUAUUCCCAUGCCAGUUUGGGUGUCUUGGAAAUGUGUGAGACCAGGCCAGUGCCCGUAUGUGGGAGACACGAAGAGCAUGCUGUGUGCUCCCCCGCCCCACGCUGCAUUUGCACGCACGUUGACGCCCACGCGCUCGCGCGCAUAGAGCGCUCACUCUCUCCUCCUCCCUUUGUGA